GUCCUCCGUUCGAGUGUCCGCCCUCUCAGCCUCCUCGUCGCACUCCUCCUCGUCCCCCCUCCUCCCGUGCGCCAUCACCGCGACCAACACGCCGCGCUCAUCGUCGCGUACGACGCCCGCAAGCCCACACACACGCAAGGUCUAUCGAAGUACACACGCGCGCGCCGCCUCGGACGCCCGCACACGCCGCCCUGGCGGGGCUAAGUAAUGAGCAACGCAUCGCCCACCGCGUACCUCCUGUGGACCAUCCUCUCCGUCCUCUUCCUCGGAUUUCUGAUAUACCACCUCUGGAGCUACGACCGCUUUCAGUGUCUCCGUUGGUCGGCCGGCCGCCAGCCCGGUGCGUUCAAGCGUGUCAUGACCUAUUCAUAUCUAGCGAGUGUGCCGCUGUUCACGGUAUACAGCAUCGCAUAUACCGUGCUGAAAUACCGCGAAGUCUUCCCCCGACCCAUCGAGAUGUACAGCGAUCGCUCGCGGGCGUGGGUCCUCCCGCUGAACUUCGUAUUCAGCUUCGCCUGGGCGCUCGAGCUCGUAACCCACCUCGAAGAGCUCGCGUUUUGGCUGUACCUCCUCCAUCAGAGGCCGGAGAAGGGCGAGUGGUUCGAGAGCUGGGAGUACAGGUUCUGGUACUGGGGGAGCAUCGUGUCCAUCAUAGGGAUGCCGCUGACGUGCAUGAUUGCACGUAGGCACCUGGAUACGCUCGACGCGUACAUCUUCCUGAGCGGCUCGUGCGGCUCGCUGAGCACGACGGUCGCGUUCCUGUAUGUGCUCUGGCGCUUCCCGCGAUUCAUACGGCACGUGAAGUCGGAGGGCGCGGACCCGACGGUCGUCGUCCGAUUGGCGACGUUCUACCAGCUGAACCUCGCACGGGUGGUGUUUAGGUUCUUGUUUACGGUGCCGCUGCUGAUGCUUGCCCUGGACGCGAUCGUUGGGUCGAGCCACCCGCUGAAUUCGCAUCUGUACGUGAUCAUUGCAUCUCUGAGGAAGUUAAUGUCGGGUGUAGAUUUCUUGGUUAUGAUUGGCGGGGUCGGCUGUUUCGUGUCGUCUGCGAUUACGCUCCUGGUGCAUUUCUUCCCGCGGUCCAUCCUGCGCGAGGCGGGCUACAAGCCCAAGCCGACAUCCACAGUCCACCACUCACCCAAGCAUACAGCACCCCCAUCCUCACGCACGCACCAUCCCCACUCCGCACCCGUCUUCUCGCCCUCGGGCCACCACCAUUUCACGGGCGCUCUGUCCCACCCGCAGCUCCACCACAUCGCGAGCCUCGAUCAGCUGCCGAGGGCGCCGUCCACCCACGGGCAUUCACAGCACCAAUUCUCCGCGGUGGGCGGGGGGGACGGGGUCUGUGCCGGGCCCGAGCACCUGGAGGGUGAGGUGGUGAGCACGGCGGUGAGUCCACACGAGAGCAUGGUGGACGUCGCGGUGGGCGGGGGAGAGACGAUCGAGGAGGCGGACGAGGGUGAGGAGGCAGAGGAGGGGGCGGAGGAGGAAGGAGAAGGCGGCGAUGCGCCUCCAUACUCGCACAUGCGCACACAAAAUUCUCAUUACCACCCGCGCCAUGACCACCCGCGGGACCACCACCCACAUCCCCGCCCCCAUUCCUUUCCGUACCCUCGGAGUCCACAUUCGUUCGCGCAGUCGCCACCGUCUUCCCCGCCCUCACGACCGCAUUCGCAGAUCCUACUGCCGACGUCUGUGGGCCCGGGGUCCCCACAGGAAACACCAGCGCAGAACGCCGUGAACAACCUAUACCAGCGCCACCCUUUCCCACACACCCUCUCAUCACCGCAGAUUCCACAAAACGCGCAGCCACCACCUGGCUCGCCACCGGCGGGCGUCGGCGUCGCACGGCGCGCGAGCUCGUAUGUGUCGAAGAAGCCGCCCCUGAGAGAGGGCGAUAACGAGAUGCAGCGCGUGAGGGAGAGCGGAAGCGAGCGGGGGCAGGCGCGCGAGGGGUGGGGUGCGCCUCGGGAGGGGUACAGGAGAGGCGCACCGAGGCUGCACCCGUAUGUGAUGACGUUCACGAGUCCAAUCGAUUUGGUGGACUUGUCGACACCCGAGGAGCUCCCGGGCGAAAUGCCUUCCGGACGAAGAUCACCGUGACCUUCCAGAAUCCUUUCGUCGACCUUCAAAUCCAUGCAGUCGCGCUGCAUCAUCCUCAUCAUCGCAUAUCCUGGAUACCCUCACCUGCCUCUUGCUUUGCUCCACGCUGUCGUCGUCAUCGCUCAUUCGUUGUAAGUCAACUACAUAUGGCACCAUCAGUCUUGCAUGCAUGGAUUACAGAGUCGGAGCGGGUAGGUCUGCGUCACAGGAUUGGCCAUCCGGGUUCAGCGCUCGGUGGUCGUACAUCGAGAGGU